CGGCGGCGGCGGUGGUCGGUGCUGGCGGCGACGGUGGUGGGCUUCCUCGCCGUGCAGGUGGCGAUGCUGUGCGGCAUGGAGUGGGGCGGCGCGCUGCGGGGGAUGAGCGCGUGGGAGAAGGUGUCGAACGCGGUGUUCCUGGCGGUGAACUCCCGGCACACCGGCGAGUCGACCCUCGACCUCUUCACCCUCGCGCCGGCCAUCCUCGUCCUCUUCGUGCUCAUGAUGUACCUGCCUCCAUACACGACGUGGUUUCCAUUUGAAGAGAGCUCCGGCGUCAAGGACCAACCCAGGGAGGAGACCCAGGGGGUCAGGCUGCUCAAGAGCACGCUUCUGUCACAACUCUCCUACCUCGCCAUCUUUGUCAUCGCCAUCUGCAUCACCGAGAGGGAAAAGCUCAAGGAGGACCCCCUCAACUUCAACUUGCUCAGCAUCGUCGUCGAAGUCGUCAGCGCUUAUGGGAAUGUGGGCUUCUCCAUGGGCUACAGCUGCAGUAGGCAGAUCAGCCCGGACGGGAUGUGCACUGACAGGUGGACCGGCUUUGCUGGGAGGUGGAGCGAUUCUGGCAAACUCAUCCUCAUUCUUGUCAUGCUCUUCGGGAGGAUGAAAAAGUUCAGCAUGAAAGCGGGCAAAGCCUGGAAGCUUAGUUAGAGGCAGCAGCACCUAGUGACCACCGCAGCCGCAGGCACUAGUGGCCAUGGCCGGAGUGAGCUCCGAUCGAAUUAACCACAAGAAUGGUUUCCUCAUCUUUUCACAUCUCAUGUAUGAUUGUACUCAUCUAGAUGUAGAAGAGGGCCUUCAAUGUGUCAUUCUUUUGCUUCAUGGGUUGGCCUUUUUUUAGUCUGGUUGUUAGUUUGUACUACAAGCAAAGAAAAUACAACGGUUACUCAAAAAAA